GGAGCCUUUCCUCGUUUCCUUCUUUGCCUUCGCGGAGUUGAAAGUCAGAAGGGCAACAAGAGUCGCGGGGCGGGAGAGUCACGGACUUGGCAAGAGUUGCUUCUGUGAAGGUUGUAGCGGUGGUUCUUUUGCUUUGAUAGAACGGCCAGGGUGAUUCAGUAGCAUGUCCUUCGGGGAGGAAUCCUGUGUUUUAUCUAAUCCAUCCCUACAAGAAUCCUGUAUUGUUCCGUGUUCGGUCACAGGUAGUUAAAUGGGGUUAACAGUACGGGGAGUUAACCUGGGGGAAGUCUUUCCGCCCGUGAGCGUUUACCAACGUCUUUUGUCUGCGCGAAUUUUUUUUUCAAAAUUCAGCCUUCGGCGGCUUACUUUCACCAGAGUUCUUUAAAGUUGAACGUUCCUCGGUCUAAUUGGAAAGUAGGUGUCUCUACCCACCCAUUCUCACGCUCCUUUUCGAUGCGGACCGUGGUCAGGGGAGGGUCCUGUUACUGUUGCUUCGUGGCUGAAACAUGGUCAAACGGGCGGGAAAAAGAGCGAGAGCCGCGGAGCUGGAAGAUACGCUCUGUUGCUGCGAGUAUCUCGAUCGGAAGGGCCAAAGGAGCCACCUCGCGGCGUGUCUCUGCGAAUGUGAGGACCUCGAUGAGUGCUGUGAAAGGUGGAUGACUUGCAAAUCUUUACCUCCUGGAAUAUUAGAGAGAAUCACAGAAACCUUCAAAGACCGUUUCCGUUUUCCAUGGAUUCGAGCGGCUGUAAAGAUCGAUAUCAGCCUUCUCCUGCCAAUCAUCUUGCUUCCUUUUUCCCUUCACAUAGCAGCUUUGCACUUUCUUUUGGCCCUCAUCAUUCUGAUAUCACUUCCUGUACUAUUACUAUGGUAUUACUACCUCACACAUAGGAAGAAAGGUCAGACUCUCUUCUUCUUAAGCUUGGGGCUAUUUUCCCUAGGUUACAUGUACUAUGUAUUUCUCCUGGAAGUGGUUCCCCGGGGCCAUGUGGAAUACAGUCAGGUGGCUCUUCUUACUUGUGGGUUAAUCCUGAUGCUUGCAGCCUUACAUCGAGCCAAGGAAGAUCCUGGCUACCUUUUCAGCCAAAUGAGCAGUGACAAAACACUUUGCCAAGAUAGCUGCAGUAAUAACAUGUUCAAUAAGAAUGGCCUGGGAAACUCCAGUGGGCUUUGCAGAGUACCUGCCUCUGGUGUUGCUAUACACAAUAACACUGAGAGCAACUCCACAACAUUGGAAGCAGGGACAGGUCAGGGCGCAAAGGACUGGUGCACCAAAUGUCAGUUGGUGAGACCAGCUCGAGCCGGGCACUGCCGAAUAUGUGGCAGGUGUGUGAAGAGACUGGAUCAUCACUGUGUCUGGAUUAACAACUGUGUUGGAGAACAGAACCAUCGAGCUUUUGUCCUUGCUCUCUUCCUUUUUCUGCUCACUUCAGUAUAUGGGAUUUCUUUGACUUUGGAUACUAUUUGUACGGGAAAAAACACCCUCAGUGCUCUGUUCUACUGCCCUGGUGUCUAUGGAGAAUACAGUUCAGCCCUGACAUUCACCUGUGUAUGGUAUUGUGCCAUUGUAACUUCUGGUAUGAGCUACAUCUUUCUUCUUCAGCUCUUGAAUAUCAGCUAUAACAUGACUGAAAGGGAAGCUCGUAUUGCAUUACGGGAGAAUACUGGGCAGAAGUUGUUAUGGGGUAUGGUGGUGGACACGGAUCAAUAUAAUCGAGGUUUUCUGUACAAUUGGAUCCAAUUUUUCACCUUGCGCUCAUCUGAUCUGCAGCAGACUGCUGAAAAUGUUGUAUGAAGGAGUUUUUAAUUAUUAAUGUUAUCAUAUGUACCUAAAGGCAUUCUGGGCAAAUAGCUCUCAUCUACUGCAAAUGAAGACUGGAAUAUGAGGAUAGUUUAAAGCCAUAUAGCAAACUGCAAUACCACUUUCUCAGAAAUAUACACAUACCAAAUGUUUUAUAGGAAGACCUCAGUAUGAUUGUGAUUGCUUAUAUUUCUCUGAUGCUGAUAGCCAAAUCUGGCCAUAGGUUCUGCCUCGGUUUACCUUCCUAAUAAGCAACCAUAUUGGAAAAUCAUUUAAAGGCAGUUUAUUAGGGUACCCUGUUAAACUGGGAUUUCUUUGAAAAAGAAGAACCCUGAGACCCAUUUUACAUUCCUUUUUAUAGUUAACACAACAAAGAAAAAUGAAAGAGGAAAGUUGGUUGGAUAAGAUAAGAGUAACCCCUCCUUGCACAGUAAAUCAAUUACAAAGCUUGUUUGAAGUUAGAUAACCAGACACCAUUUGACACUAAGAAACUUUUUCUUAUCAGGAGAUAGUAUCCAGAUAGUAUCUUCUGUAAAUUAUCUUUUCAGUUUAGGAAUGUUAAAAGCUAUCUAGUCAGUCCUUACAACCAUAGGAUACAAGCUUUCCUACAUUCCAAACUAAUGAACCUGAACAUUAUUUUAAAAGAGAAAAUAAGUCAAAUUAAAAUACAAGAUAACAAGUUCUCAGUGUUGUUUAAUCAUGAUAUAUUGUAGCCAAAACAUUUGAAUUUUUAAAACUUUGUUGUUAUAAAUCCUGAAUUUUGUUAAUGGACAUAAGGAAUUAAAAAGAGAACUUCUGUCAUUUUCAUGCUUUUAUCAAAAAAAAGGAAGAGCUCUCCAAUAUUGUACUCCUUAAUAUCUUCAUAUUAGAACAGAUAUAUAUAUAUAUAUA